AUGACACGAGCCCCAAAAUUAUCGGGUAUUUUCCAAUAAGUUCUCUGUAAAUAAAUGAAUUUGGUUUGCAGUUUGCAGAAACUUUAGGGAAAUACCCGAUUAAUUUUAGGUCUCGCGUGGUAUUCGGAGGAUUAUUUUUCCAACCAAAUGUCGACCCAUAGAAUGGCAUCGUGACACAAAAUUAAAAAUCAGAACUUUUCAAUCAACACAAUAGUAUUCUAUCUGCCAAAUUCGAUAGGGACUAGGUGGACUGGCCAAUCUGUUGUUUUUUAAUAUAUAUCAACACGAGAAAUUACCAGUGAAAUUCUCAAAAAAUUAUCAAUUGAAUUCCGUGUUGACUACAUAAAAAAAUCGAAUGGUGCAAUUCUAUCGGUUGAAAUUUGGAUGGGAAAAAAACUCAAAUCUUCAAAAUCACCUGAUAAUCACGCAAAUCCAUCAGUAACAAAUCUGAACAAAUCCAUCGAAGGAAAUUAUUGUGAUUAUCAAUUACUAUCAGUCAUUAUUAUGACUGUCCACUGUCCCUAACCUCAAUUAAAAGGGAAAACACGAUUUUGCUAUCAACAUUUGAUAUUUGAUAAUACAGACAAUGACAAGCGCGUAGUUCCGUUUGAUAGAGAGAACUAUGAUUAGAGGUCUAUCUGGUUGUUUAUGAGAAUGGGUAUAAAAUCGUCGUACCUCAGUACAUGGUCUCAGUUACCGUUUGCAUCAGCUGAUGAGAGCCAACUGUUAAUUGGAGGGAUAGAAUGGAGGAGAGCUCAGGGGUGGUGCAGCCAUUCAGCAAUUUGGAUGAUCUGUACAGGAAUUUAAAUAGUCUGACACCCUGGCCCAGGGGGGAAUCAUUACGAUCAUCUGCAGAAUAUGUCUACCCUGGAAACGAGCUGGAGAAAUCCUCGGGAACCCUGACUAGACUCAAUCGUCAUGAACAGCCCAGGACCAUCGUCUGUCAUGACAUGAAGGGAGGAUAUUUGGAGGACAGAUUUAUAAACGGAUCCUCAGACAACACCUGCUACACGUUCUACCACUGGAGCAUCAUCGACACAUUCAUCUACUUCAGUCAUCACAUGGUGACGAUUCCUCCCUUCGGUUGGAUAAAUGCAGCGCAUAAACACGGGGUCAAAGUUCUGGGUACAUUGAUAACGGAGCACAAGGAUGGCGAGGCGAUUUGGGAUGAAGUCCUGUCUUCCCCGGAGAAGACCACGAGGUUUGCCGACGCCCUGAUCACUCUCACCAAGUUCUAUGGAUUUGAAGGGUGGCUGUUGAACGUCGAGAACAAGAUCAAGUUGGAAGAUAUCGAGAGGCUGCAGUUCUUCAUCAGACACUUGACCAACGGAUUACGUAAGGAUGUUGCGGAUUCAGAGGUCAUCUGGUAUGAUAGCAUCAUUCAUGACGGCAGUCUUAAUUGGCAGAAUCAACUCAACGAUAAAAAUCAACUCUUCUUUGAUUGUUGCGAUGGCAUUUUUCUGAAUUACAACUGGAAUGACGAGAAGCUGAAGAGUUCUCGUGAAAUCGCAGCUAGAAAUGGAAGAUUGAGAGAUGUUUACGUGGGUCUGGAUGUCUGGGGAAGAGGAUGCCCUGGGGGUGGAGGAUUCAACUCCAUUCACGCUUUGGAACGAAUAAGAAAAUUCGAGUUAUCAGUCGCUAUAUUUGCCCCGGGCUGGACACACGAGAAUUUUGGUCCCUCGACAUUCGAGAAGAUCGAAAAUAUCUUUUGGGCGCAGUUGGCUCCUCUCUUGUACAUCCAUGUGCCCAUGUACUAUAACGAAACCUUUAACACUUCGUUCUGUCGAGGGUAUGGCAAUAAGUUAUAUCGAUAUGGAGUGUCGAAUGGAGGCGGAUCAUUCUUCAACUUGACGCUGCAAAAGCCCCAGAUCUCGGUGCCAGCUGUGCACCUGAAAUUCACAUACAAAGAUGUACCAGAGCCCACACCCAAGAGCAGCCCAACUAAGAAAGUCCCAGAGCACACAUUCGAGACUCUAUUCGAAAUAAUUAAACUCCAGGGAAGAGAAAUUUCUUUUUUCCCGAAGGACUCGAACGUCUCAGUAAAUCUCACUGAAUUCUGCGGUGAAUUCUCGUACGGUGGAGGCGGUUGUCUCCAGGUGACGACAGUUCAUCCCCAGAAUUAUCACAGGCUCUUUCUGACACAUUUGGAGUUCUCGGAAGAUGUCCAGGCGAGUUUGAUACACGGCGAAAGUGAGGAGGUGCUCAAUAAUGAUGAUAAUAGAACAAGAGCACCGACACUCGUGUUGAUAAAUAACAGAAGCAACACGUCCAACUUUCUUCAGGCGAAUGGAACCUUUCAGCUGAACAGUAGGUGGAGGAAAAGUUAUUACACUCCCAAUCUUCGGAUUAUCAACGAGAUCGCUGUGGCUUUUUCGUAUGAAGGUCGCCACUACCUCGGGGAGUUGAAGAUAGAACCAGUGCACCGUUUUUUCAAUUCCGUUCUAAAAUUGUCUUAACAUUAACUCGUUAUAUUGUUAGAGAGAUUUGUUAUGGAUAACUCAUAGCCUUGUUG